GACGGCCAAUGGGAGGGCGCGAUAUUGAGGCCGCCCGGCGUGAGGCGGCGGCAUGGCCUGCGGCUUUAAGGAGCCGUCGCUGGCAGCCGCGGCGCAGAGGAAGGAGGCCAAUCCCAAGCUGGAGCUGCCGGAGGAGCAGCAGCGGGAGAUCUGCGACGCUUUCGAGCUCUUCGACGCCGACGGCAGCGGCAGCAUCGAUGUCAAGGAGCUGAAGGUCGGGGUUUCCCUGGGGCUGGAAGCGGCCAUGAGGGCCCUGGGGUUGGAACCUAAGAAAGAAGAGAUGGAGAAAAUGAUCUCAGACAUCGAUAAGGAAGGGACAGGAAAAAUCAGCUUCAGUGGCUUCCUGGCAGUGGUGUCACAGAGAAUGGCUGAAAAAGAUUCCAAAGAGGAGAUUCUCAAAGCUUUCAAACUCUUUGAUGAGGAUGAGACUGGAAAAAUCUCUUUCCAAAACCUCAAGCGUGUGGCCAGAGUGCUGGGGGAGAGCAUCACUGAUGAAGAGCUGCAGGUUUGGACCCGGUGGUUUUGGGGUCUUUGUGCUGGAGCUGGGAGGAAAAUCCUGUCUGUGCUGCUAGGAAGGGAGGAAUUCCUGGAAUCUGUGGAUUUUGAGGUCAAGGGUGGGUCGAGCCCACAUGGAUGUAGGAAUGGGAUCACCCAGUUGCCCUUCUGUGCAGUAGCAGUGAUGUGAAAGGAAUGACUCUGCUCCAAGCACUUGGUUUCCCCCAGGACUUUUCCUAUAACAUUUCCUGAUCAGAUUUCUCUAUAAAUACACCCAGCAAAACAGAUUUCAGGAAAUAUUUUGUCUGAGCUUGAGCCAACACUGUCCCCUCCAGCACAGCUAAAGAGUGGCUGGAAUUCUGAAUGAAUAAACCCCAGACCUGAAUCCUGCCCCCAAAUCUCUUGCAGGAGAUGAUUGAUGAGGCAGAUCGGGAUGGGGAUGGGCAAGUGAGCGAGCAGGAAUUCCUGAGGCUCAUGAAGAAGACCGGCCUGUACUGAAGCCCAGUGGGAUUUAUUCCUUAGCACUUGUGUACACCCCUUAGGGAAUGGGAGCCUCACUUUUGUGCUGUCUUGAUUUCUUUGGAGGCAGCAGAAAAUACAGGUCAGUUCUGUUAGAAGUUUUUUGUGUAGAAUAUUUUUAAGUUUUAAAGGUGUUUGGGAGCAGUUUGCACCACUCUGUUUACAGGCAGCAACGUGGUUGCUGGUUAUGAUGUUUACACUGCUUUAAAUACACGAAUCACAUUUUUGGGACCAAAUUCAGAUCCUUUCCUGACUGAAAAAAUGGCCCAAAUGAUUUGGUUUGGUAAAGAGAUGACUCAGAACCAGACAGUGUCCAUCUAUUGCUCAGUGUAAAUCUGUUUUGGGUUUAUGUCUUGGUUUGGGCCCUACAGGGAACUCUUUUAAUGCCAUAUUUGCAGGAACCACCUUUUUAGAGCCUGUUUUAUGGGAUUAUCCCUUCCCCCUUUUUCUAGGGCAUUCUUUAAACUCAAAAUAAAAAUAAACUGCUGCAAUUUACCUUGUGUUCAGUUCACAUGGCUAAGGAAGUCUUUGCAGAAGGAAAUUCCCAGUGCUGCUGCUGAGAGCUCUGUGCUUGCAGGAAUGCUCAGAGGCUGCAGAUGGGAUUGGAUUUCAAAUAAAAUCUUAUUUUAAAGCCAUCAGA